CUGCGUGUUUCUCCCCAAGCCCUUGCCUUUUGCCUUGCGCCAACACCUUCUUGCCGAAAUAAUAGGUAAGAACUUAGUUUUUCUUCCUUCUCUUAGCAAGGGUUAAAGAUAAACGAGUUUAUGGUUCCAAAAUGAUGCUCAAAAUUUCCAGAUCUAGUUGCUGCAACCUCCCAAUCUCUCGAUCUGUGUUGGAUUUGCUGUCCACAAUGAGAGAUCACCAUUUUCCGGUAUCUUCUGCUAAGAAAUCAACCUUGUUGCUCAUCUUUUCAUCCUUGAUUGAAGUUGGUUAGCUCUAAUCAUUUAGGGUUUUUAAUUUUGAGAAUUUUCUGUAGUUCUCCCCUUGAUUUUGUCCAUGAUAAAUACCACUAGAAACUGAUUUCCUUUACUUGCUAGAAAUUCGGACUACAUGACCCUUCUGUAGUAAUUUACCCAUAACUCUUUUUGUAGACAUUUUUUUGAGUUCAUUCUUGAUUCUAUGGAAAGCUAAGAGAUAACCCUACAAUUUUUAUGUUGGACAUUUAACCCAAUUCAGCUGUUUUUAAGGUGAAAACUCUGCUGCAAUUUCGGACCCUAUAAGCGUACUACACUGGUAGCCCAACUUUUCAUUAGUAUUUUGGCCAUAACUCUCUCUAUAGAUGUCGCAUUAAGGUAAUUCUUGAGGCUAUAGAACUCUAAGACAUAGGGUUACAAUUUAUCUGUUGACCACUCAAACUAGAUCAAUCAAUUUCUGGGCAUGAAUUCUGUAGGAAAUUCCAACACGAAAUCUGACCAGAACUUGCCAGAAAUUUGCUCAAUUUUUUGUUUCAUUUCCACUCUAUCUACUGCCAUAUUGCAUAUGAUUUUCUAGAUUUUUAGCUACUGUUUUCCUACUCUAAAACCCCUUGUUAUCUCUUUGUUUUGGUUGCUUUUUUGCUACUACAUUUUUGCUUGAAUACUGCCUAGUUUUGGCUUGUUUCAACAUUGUUAUGCUGUUGCUAUUUGCCUAUAAAUCCUUGCUAUUUUGCCUAGAAAAUUUCUGUUGUUUAGGGCUUUUUCCAAGUAUUUUGGGAUUGUUUUAAAUAGCAAAAAAAAUCCCCACCUUAUUGCUCAGCCUUUGUGUUGUUGUUUUGGGGUUGAUUUGAGCUUGGUUUCUCAUAUUUUUCCACCUUGUUUUGUCCUGUAAAUCGGCCUUGUAAAACCACCAAAUGUAGGGUCUUUUUGGAGCCAUUUUAAAAGGGUAGAAGUGAUCAGGAUGUGUAAGAAGAAGUUGUUUCUUCGGUUAAGAAACUUGAUAUU